CGGAAACGGCGCGGACUGGCGGGGUCAGCGUUUUGAACUACCCACUCACCGCCCGCGCCUCGGCGGGAAGGAGGGCGGCCGGUUUGAACGGCGCGCGGGGCGGCGGAUGCGGGUGUCCGCUACGACGCUGCGCGCCAUGGAGGCCGAGGGUCCGGCGGGGGACCGGCUGCUGCGCGACCUCGAGGCCAGCCGCCGCCGCUUCCAGGCGUACAUGCGGCGGCUCAUAGAGAAGUACGACCAGCCCUUCGAGGAGGACGCGCUGGUGCAGAUGGCCACGCUGACCUACGACACGCCGGAGGAUUCAGAAGUGGAUGCAGCUUUAGACAAAGAGGAUCUGUUUGCUUGCGCCUUGAAGCCUGCAGUGCCUGGGAGCCCCUUGGAAAAUGAGCUAAGAAGGAAAUACUUGACCCAGGUGGAUGCUCUACUCCAAGAUGCAGAGUAUGUGAAGGGCGUAGAGAAGAGAGAUGGAAAAGAUACCCUCAUGGCCCCGGUGCUUUCCUUGACCUCCUCUGUCACACCAGCCCCUGGAUGCCAGGACAGGAUCUCUGCAGACAGCCUCAGUGACCCUGAAGCGUUCGUUUCCUCAUCUAAAGAGUUGGGUCCCUCACACCCUUGCCCAGCCGACAUGACCAUUGCACCCAGAAACAUCAGUCUUUCCUUACUGAGCACUAGCAGUGACAGCUACUUAAAUAGCCAGUCCUUUGAGGCUGAUGACAUUUGCAACGUGACAAUUAGCGACUUGUAUGCGGGCAUGCUGCAUUCAAUGAGUCGACUACUGAGUUCAAAGCCAUCGUGCAUAAUCUCCACAAAGACAUACAUCAGUCAGAACUGGAACCCCAGGAGGACGCUCCUGCGAAGGAGCAGGGUGCAGAGGAGCUCCAGUCGGAGGUCUGCACCCUCCUCAGAGGUCAGAGUGUUAGGGAACUGUGAGAACAUGCUGCACAUGGCUCGUCAUAAGACAGGCUUAAAGCUGGAAAAGGCUUUUCUUGAAGGAAGCAAACUCCAAAUCCAUAAAUCCAGUCCAGCGUGGAAGAAAUUUCAAGUGGCACCCCGGAAGCAUCCUUCAUGGACUUACUUGGAUUUCGACACAGUGUGCCAUCUUGAUUGGGAAGAUAGACUGAAGGCAUUAAAAUGGUUAAUAUCCCCUGUUAAAAUAGUUUCCAGACCAAGGAUGCUUCAGGGCCAAGCAGAGAGUUGGUACAGAGAGAUUGACAUCAGGUUUGACAAGCUCCAUCGGGAGUGUUGCCUAACUUCCAGGAAGAAGCCUCGCCUGUCUGGCCCCCCCAGGUCCUGGGCUGUGGGUGUGCACAGAGGUGGUUCUAAAAGCCCAGGUAGCUCCCAGGGCUUAGAAACCCACAGGCCGAGAGAAAAAAAAAGGUUAAGUGAGGCUUUCCAAGACCUUGGCAAAGUGCCUGUCAGAUCAGGUAGACACCCCCCAAAGAGCAAGCCCUCUUCAUCCCUGUCAGAGGACAGCUCCACAUGGAGCCCAGGCCACUUCGGACAGACACCUGGCCUUUUUCUUCAAGGACGAAAUUCUGGGCCAAUCAGAAAGGCAGUGUUACCCAGCACAGCUAUUUCAGCACAACAGAUGGGCCCUUGGGACUGCGGAAGGAGUCGCUAUGAUGAGAUUAAAGAAGAGUUCAAAAAGCUUUAUCAGAAGUAUUGCCUGAUGUCCCCUCAGCAGACGAAGGCGCCCCUGCGAGUUAGCGUAUCUCCAAGGAAGGCCAGUCAAGCAGAGGGUGUCUUAGGAACACUGAGUCUAGACUCUGCCUUCCAGGGUUCCCAGAAAUUGUCACCAUCACCCCAGUGGUGCAUAGAAAGCCCACGGGAUUCACCUGGAACUCAGGGUCAUAUGCCUUUGGGAACUGUUAGUGUUGUCCGGAGGAACCCUCAGUUCCCUGUGAAGAGACGGAGGCUGUCGUACCGUGUGUGUGGACACCAAGCUGAUUCUCGGGAUUCCUCAGGAAGUGCUGUGUGUCUCUUCAGAGACAGGCUGAGGAGACUCCCAGACGGUGGGACUGGCCGUUGUGAGUUGCUGACAGUUUUCCAUAAAUGCCAGGUCCUUGGCUUGGCAGACCCCACAGUGGCACCCGAUUCCACUGCUCCCAGCUGCUCAUCCUCUGACUGA